CAGAAUGGAAUCAGAAUAAGUGCAUUAUAUCCUGGAACUGGCGAUCCUCCGCUCAAGGCAAGCAGAUCUUUUCACACCAUUUACCGUUGGCUUUCACUAGUCUGGGUGAGUUUUAACGGGCAGGUACUUCCGUCUCUAAAUGUGGAUGAGACCAAUCAUUUGCCAUGAGCACCUUUGACGGACGAGUCCGUGAGUAUCCUACUAUUUUGAUAGACAAGUACCGGUCCAACCAAGGCGAUAUUCGGAUAGUCCUACUAUCACACUGCCACACUGAUCAUUUGGUUGGGUUUGACAACUUGGCGUUCAAUGUCCCUCUCUAUUGCUCUGAAGAGACGGCCGCGAUUUUGGGAAACCUGGGCCAGGGGAAAUAUGAGCAUUUGAAAAGAUGGCUGAGGCCGCUACCAAUGGAGGAGACGACUCAGAUCUAUAUUGGCCACAACCAGACUAUCACUCUUACACUCUUUCCCGCCAACCAUUGCCCGGGCUCAACAAUGUUUCUGAUCGAAGGACCCAAUGGCAAUGUCUUAUACACUGGUGAUCUGCGCGCGGAGACGUGGUUUCUAGAGGGCAUCAAAGAAUACAGGCAACAGGGAAAGAUUCCACGACUAGAGUCUGUAUACCUGGAUACUACAUUCUGCGACACUGGAUACGAAACCUUUCCAAGCAAGCAGGAGUCGGUGGAGGCUAUUGCUGACAUUAUCAGAAUGUAUCCGGCUACUACGAACUUUAAGAUUGGUCUCAACAUUUUGGGGGCCGAAAACAUCUGGGCAGCCCUGUUCCAAGUUUUCCAAACGAAAGUUUAUAUCUCACCCACUCGAUAUGCCAUUUAUGCUGGCCUCCCGUCAUUGCCAGAAUACAUUACGGAUGAUCCGCUUUCAACGCGUUUCCAUGCAUGCGACAAUUGUCCUCAGUGUGUAAAGUGGAAGGCGGAAAAAACCAUUGUAUUCAUUCGCCCUUCAGCGAUGUGGUUUAAAGGUAGGACGACCGAGGUUGUAGUCAAGGGUGGAGAGAGGUUCUGGAAUGUCCUGUACGCAACUCACUCAUCUCUUAGCGAACUCCAAUCGCUUAUAUCCAUCCUUCGCCCCCGCAAGAUAUUCCCCUGUGUGCUGACCAAAGAACAUGCGGCAUGCAAAACAGCUAAAGAUUUCUUCAAGCAUCUAGUGUCAAAUGAGGACGAAGGUGGAUCGUACGUAACUGGCAAUUGGAAUAGGUUGCUGCAGACAGAUUCGCAGGAAACAGAGAUUGUGAGCUGUGGGGAAGAAGAGAUGACCGAAGGUGGUUCGCCCAUGAUGCAAAUGACGAAAACGCUUUGCGGUCGAGCUGGCCGCGGCGUAUCUGCCGUGGUGCCCCCACUUUAUAUUAUUUCCGACGAUCCGAAGCGAUCUCUCUCGGUUAGCUCGGUCGACCUAAUUUCCGAUUUCGUCGCCCAGCUGUGCACGGUGCUGGCUGCAAGCUCCGGCCUGCAAGUUCCACCUUUCGUUCAGUUGCGCUCGAAAGGAGAUGAUACAUUAAGCUUCUACUCCCAAGUGGUUACGAAAGUACCAUCCGAGGACCGUGCACGAUUGUUAAUCAACGUGUCCGAUCCGGAGGUCUUGCCGGAAUCGGCGCACUUAUGCAAGGAAACGGGAGCAGGUGGUCUGCAUUUGUCUGGCACCGUACUGAAGAUAUGUCAGUCAUUGGAUGGUCUGCCUUUCACAAACCUAGUCAUUGGUGCAUCCUGCCAUGACACGGCCGAUCUCAAACGCGCAGCCCAACUUGGUUUGCGCUUUGUGGUUCUUUCUCCAGUUCUGCCAUCGUCGACUUGUCCGUCCUCAAGGACUUUGGGCUGGGACAGAUUUGCUCAGAUAAUCACCGAAGCAGAGACGAGUAGUUUGCCAGUAUAUGCUUUGGGAGGUGUGAGCAUCAAAGAUCUGGAUAGGGCACAUAAAGCUGGAGGAGUCGGAAUCGCGGCCAUCAAGGCCUUCUGGCAUGAUUUGCAGUUUGAGUCCUCGCUGGGCACAACUCACACGUUAGAACAAACGGCAGAAUCUCCGAAAUCUCCCAUACCCGCUUCUCCACCAACUCUUGACAAUGUAAUCAACAUCAACACUCCACCCGUCGACACGACUUUGCACACCUCCCAAGAGCAUUCACUGAAUCCCAUCGUGGUACUCCCAUCAACACCGCCACGAAAUGCCACAACACCCUUGAAUUUAUUGUCUCACUCCAAACCCCCAUCACCCAUCAUCAUCUCGUCCCCCCCAAAACGACAUAGCGAUUCAUCCGAGAGUCAAUCUUGCACAAACUCGUCCGUUUGUUGGAUACCGGUUCGCAAAAGGCGGAGAGCGGAGGGGAUUCGAAGGACAGUGACCAGUGUAAUUGUCAUCGAGGAUGAGUGCGACACGACACUACCUAGUAUCAAAAGAGUAAGAAGCUGGUGCGAGGUUAUAGAUUUAACGUAAUGACAUUACGAGAUUAAUGAUACGGCAGAUGCAGACUAGACAAGUGUAGACGAGAUUUCUCAUAUUUUAUAUAGAGCUCUACUAGCAGCGUCCGCUAAUAAUUCAUCUCCAAAAAGCCGC